AACCGGGUGGACCUGAGCAGCCAUGCUUCCCGGGGUGGGCGUGUUCGGCACCAGCCUCACGGCCCGAGUCAUCAUCCCGCUGCUGAAAGAUGAGGGCUUCGCGGUGAAGGCGCUGUGGGGCCGCACUCAGGAAGAAGCCGAGGAGCUGGCCAAGGAGAUGAGCGUUCCUUUCUACACCAGCCGCAUCGACGAGGUGUUACUGCACCAGGAUGUGGACUUGGUGUGCAUCAACCUGCCGCCGCCGCUCACCAGGCAGAUCGCUGUCAAAACCCUGGGCAUAGGCAAGAAUGUCAUCUGUGACCGUACCGCCACGCCGCUGGACGCCUUCCGCAUGAUGUCAGCUGCCCACUACUACCCCAAGCUCAUGAGCAUCAUGGGCAACGUGCUGCGCUUCCUGCCAGCCUUCGUACGCAUGAAGCAGCUGAUUGAGGAGGGCUACGUGGGCGAGCUGCUGGUGUGCGAGGUGCAGGUGCACAGCGGUAGUUUGCUGGGCAAGAAGUACAACUGGAGCUGCGACGACCUGAUGGGUGGCGGUGGCCUGCACUCCGUGGGCACCUACAUCAUCGAUCUGCUCACCUUCCUCACGGGCCAGAAGGCUGUCAAAGUCCAUGGGUUGCUCAAGACCUUUGUCAAGCAGACAGAUCACAUCAAGGGCAUCCGUCAGAUCACCAGCGAUGACUUCUGCACCUUCCAGAUGGUGCUGGAGGGUGGAGUGUGCUGCACCGUCACCCUGAACUUCAACGUGCCUGGAGAGUUCAAGCAGGACGUGACCGUGGUGGGCUCUGCUGGGCGGCUCCUGGCAGCGGGCACCGACCUCUAUGGACAGCGUAAUAGCGCCCCAGAGCAGGAGCUGCUGCUACAGGACACUACAUCAGUGAGCAACUCCCUGCUGCCCGAGAAGGCAUUCAGCGACAUCCCCUCACCCUAUCUGCGGGGCACCAUGAAGAUGAUGCAGGCAGUGCGCCAGGCCUUCCAGGAUCAAGAUGACCGGCGCACAUGGGACGGGCGGCCUCUUACCAUGGCUGCCACCUUUGACGACUGCCUGUAUGCUCUGUGCGUGGUAGACACCAUCAAGAGGUCCAGCCAGACCGGAGAGUGGCAGAACAUUGCCAUCAUGACCGAGGAGCCAGAGCUGAGCCCCGCCUACCUGAUCAGUGAGGCCAUGCGCAGAAGCAGGAUGUCCCUUUACUGUUAGCACUGGGACCCGGUGGACUUGACCUGCUGCAUGGGGCCAGUUAGGGGGAAUUGCACUGUGGCGGUGGGUGGGGAUUAUGGAAGGGACAGCAUGAAUGCACAGCACAUAAGGUGGGUCCCCAUCCCAAGUAGAGGGGCCCAAGUCAAAGGUAGGGGUGGUGGGCCGACGUAAUAUUCAGAAGGGCGUGCCAUCCUAAUUGGGUAUCUGAUGAGAGGAAGAGAAUUUAACUA